GCGCAAGGUCCAUCUGAGCGAUCAUACUAUCUUGCUUUCCACAAGCUUGAGGCCGGAGCGCCAUCAACACCAUGGCCGACAGCUCAAAUCCUCCCAAGCCAGAUGGAUUGCCUCAGGGUGCCAAAUAUGAGGCACCUAAACCCCCCAAACAAAAUCCCGCUCUUCGGAUGAUGGGGAUGCCCAACCUCCGAUUGAGAUUGCCUUCGCGGAAUUGGAUGAUCUUCUUAACCAUCGUCGGCUCCUGGACUGCAGCUGUUGUUUAUGACAGGAGGGAAAAGAAGAAAGCUCAAAAAAAAUGGUGCGACUUAGUCGCUCACAUCGCCCAAGAGCCUCUUCCAGCGAACCAAAUGCCCCGCAAGUUGACGGUCUUCUUAUCUGCUCCUCCGGGUGACGGCAUUAGACCUUCGAGACAGUACUUCAAAGACUACGUCAAGCCCGUUCUUGUCGCCGCGGCAAUGGAUUACGAUGUAAUCGAAGGCCGGAAGGAAGGGGACGUCCGAUAUGGAACAGCAGAACAAAUACGAAGGCUACGGCGGAAAAAAGGCGAAAAAGAGCCUAAUUCAACAGAGCCAGAGAUGGAUACCGAGGCAGCGAUUGAUAUGAUUCGGGAUAAGAUGCAGAUUGUGCCGGAGCCUGGAGUCCGAGGGGAUCUGGUCCUUGGAAGACAUACCUGGAAGGAAUACAUAAGAGGAUUGCAUGAGGGCUGGCUAGGGCCAGUAGAUGAACCUCCAGCACCGCCUGAACCUGUCUCCAUUUCGGAAGCAGAUCCCUUGUCUCCACAUCCUCCCAUCGAAGUUCGAACGGAUAGUUCGCCAACAGCCACAGAAAGUGCAGAAAUGUCGAAACCCGAUUCAGAAAAGAAAGCAAGCGAAGAAGAGAAGAAGGAAGAGGAAAAGAAGAAACCAUACCCACCGCCAGCAUACCUAUCCAUCGACAAAUAUCCAUCCGCCAGUUUAUCGCCCCACACUCCGAGCAUAUUUGAACCGUCUCAGCCAAUCCAUCAGCAGCAUCUCUUGGGCUUCCUCAAGACCCCUCAAAGGAUAUACAACUUCCUUACGCGUCGAUAUCUGGCGGAUCAAAUUGGCCGCGAGACAGCAGCCAUUGUCCUUGCCGCUAGCAGGCCGUACGAACAGAGUGCCUCGACGACCACUUUCUUUACAGAUCAGUCAGGUCUUGAUGCGGAUCCUGUGGCUACCAAAGCACCUGAAUCCGACGCCUCUUCCUCGAUGUCACCGUCUCCGCAGAGUCAGACAGCAUGGGAACAACAGUCUCUCCUCAUUCAAGAGGAACCCAAAUGGCACAAAUCCGUGCGCAAACCCCGCAAGGAUGAUGACGAACUCUACGAGCCCAUCUGGAUGAGAGACAUGGUCAUCGACGAAAGGAUAGGUUCGCGAAUGAGAAAGUUCCAAUUGGAUGCGGAUGAGGAGGCGAGAGCGGAUAGGAUUGGUCGAGGGCAGGAGAAGGCGCGGGUGAAGGAGGUGGUGGAUUUGAGGAACGAGAAGGUCAUUGUCGGCAACCUGGAUGAUGAUUGAGACGCGUAUGGGAGGUCUCAUUUGAAGAUCGAUCGUGCGAACAUCGGCUUUGUUGGUCUCUCCAAGCAAGCACCGUCUAUCUACUCUACUGUACCAAAAGGAAAAAAAGUAAUUCUGCAAAAAGCAUCGGGAGCUCUCUCUGUCCCAGACACAUUGUGAUCAAUUGGUUUCUACCGUCCCAUGCGGUUCAACACG